ACGUUUAAAAAGGUUCAGGUGCGCGUAACCGCGUAACUAGAGCGCGCACACCGGAAGCGGCGCGCAAACAAACGCGUGUGCUCGUCCACGCUGCGGACUUGUGACAGCACAAAACACGGAGGAACAGAGAGAUGGACCCUGUAGUAUUCUGGUGAAAAAUAAACGAAGGAGACAGUUGGAGCUGUGGGUGAAGUUGAUCAGGAGUUAGAGGAUUUGUCAUUCCGGUGCCUUUUGGGAUUUGACAAAUCGCAGAGUUGCAUGUGCGAGUGUACGCCCAGCAAUGGAACCCUGGCCGAUACUGGCCUGGUUCUUAAUGCUGACUUCCAUCGCUGACUGGCUAAAGACUGUGCGGUCAAGAGACUUUACAAAAAAGGACAUUAUUUUCCUUCAUCCCUCUACUACUCCAUAUCCAGGAGGAUUCAAGUGUUUUACAUGUGAGGAAGCAGCUGACAAUUUCGAAUGUAAUCGCUGGGCUCCAGAUGUGUACUGCCCACAAGAGACUAAAUAUUGUUAUACACGUCAUACGCUGGACUGGGGUGGAAACACGGUGUCCGUGACGAAGCGCUGUGUCGCACUGGAGGACUGUCUCGCUACCAGCUGCACUGACAUGGACCAUGAAGGAAUCAGGGUGUGCGUUUCCUGUUGUGAGGGAAACAUCUGUAACAUGCCUCUCCCUCGGAAUGAAACGGACGCCAUCUUUGCCACCACGUCACCCCUGAAUGGCAGCAAUCGCACUGCUCUGGGUCAUACACUGCUCCUGUGCUUCGUCUUCAUCCUCCUCCUCAGCCACGGCUGACUCUUUACUGUGCACUGCGUCGUAAUGGAUGGUAACAUGGAUAAGUAGCAGAGGUAAUGGCCAGCCUCAAAUCACCUUAUUGAUUAGGGUUUACAAACACUAGCCAUUUUAAACACCCUUGAAUUCAUGGUAUUUUAGACCGUUACACUUCUAGUAACAAAUUUCAGUGGGUCCUUUUGAGCUGAAAAGAACACGAGAGUUACGAAACGGAGGAAUAAACAAUGGUUUGUGCAUUAACAAGAACGAUAACCGGGGGUUGUGGCUGGAUCUGUUUUUAGUUCAACCUCCUGCAAAUGAAGUGUCAUUUUUGUUUUUUUGGUUUUUAAUCAGCUGUACUACUGUUUUCUUUGCUACCUUUGCUGCGAAAGCAUCCUAUAUAUAAGAAGACAUUCUUGUCUAAAAGUAGACUUUUUGUAAGUACAUUCCUUAAUCUAAAGAUAAAGCUCAGCCUUCAUGAGCAUCAUGUAUUACCCUGUCUAAAUGUAGACCUCUACCUUUUGCCACACUGCAGAUAUGGAGGAAAAUCCGAGAUCAUGUUUAUGGUUAAACGGAAACAAAACUGUACAGUUUGUGUCGUGAAAUAUAAUUUAGAUGUAUAUUUAUUUCUUGUACCAUACAUUUAUGGUAGGACUCUGACACUAAAGCGCAUUACAUGUACAGUAGGUCACCGCAUGAACUGAGGAGUGUAAAAAAAAAAAUUUUCAAUCCACAAUUUCUUUUUUACAGUGAUGAAUGUUUUUUUUUUUCAUGAGCAACGAAGUAGAAGAAAAAAAGCCUUAAUGUGCUGCAGUUAUUUAUCAUUUUUCAUUUUGCUCUCACGUGGUGUUGUAGAUCAAUUCAUCAUCAACUAUUAUAAAGCACUUGUGUACAGAUGUGUGUGUAAGAUACGCAUGCUGAGUCUUGUAGCGUUUGUGUUACAUUUCGAAUCUGUUUUUAAGCCACUGGUGGCUCAUGUGGUGUGUGUAUAUAUGGUAUAUGUGGCCCUUUCCUGUUUUUGUCUGUUUAUUUUACGGUCCCCUUCGAAAGUAUUGGAACAGCAAGGCGAGGGUUCUGUUUGUUUUUUGCUAAACACUGAAUAUAUUUGGGUUUGAGAUCAAAAGAUGCAUAUGAGGUGACAGAUCAGUAUUUCAGCUUUCAUUUCCUGAUAUUUACAUCUAGACGUGUUGAACAACUUGGAGCAUGGCACUUUUUUGUGGCAGACCACCCAAUUUUUAGGCGAGCAAAAGUAAUGUAACAGAUAGACUUAAAGUAAAUAACACAUUGUGUUUGUAGACGACUUCUGUAUUUGUUCUGCUGCUACAAUCAUGAGUUACAUCAUUAAUAAAGAUUAGUGAGCCUGUUCCAGAACCAGCCAUCCAAACCCAAGCCAUAACACUACCUCCACCAUGCUUGACCGAUGAGCUUCUAUGUUUUGGAUCAUGAGCAGAUCCUUUCUUUCUCCACACUUUGGCCUUUCCAUCACUUCAGUAGAGGUUAAUCUUGGUUCCAGAACUUUUGUGGCUCAUCUUUGUAUUUCUUUGCGAAUUCCAAUCUGGCUUUCUGAUUCUUACUGCUGAUGAGUGGUUUGCAUCUUGUGGUAUGGCCUCUAUAUUUCUGCACUUGAAGUCUUCUUCGAAUGGUGGAUUAUGAUGCCUUCCCCACUGCUCUGUGGAGGUUGUUGGUGAUGUUACUAACUGUUGUUUUUGGGUUUUUCUUCACAGCUGUCACAAUGUUUGUCAUCAACUGCUGUUGUUUUCCUUGGCCGACCCAUUAUAUGUCUGGCUGCUCAGUACACCUGUGUUUCCUUUCAUUUUCAGGACAUUCCAAAUUGUAGUAUUGGAUAUGCCCAGUGCUUGUGCAAUGGCUCUGAUAGAUUUUCCCUCUUUCCUCAGCUUCAAAAUGGCUUGCUUUUCUCCCAUAGACAGCUCCUUCGUCUUCAUGUUGGUUUAUCCUCUUUAACAACAAAUGCAGUCUUCACAGGUGAAAACUAGGGCUCAAACCAAGAGUAGAUAUUCAGAGCUAUUAAUUAUUUAAACAAUCAAUUUAACAGGCCACACCUGGGCAGCAAGAAACACCUAUCAGUUACAGGUUCCAAUAUUUUAGAUCACCUGAAAAAGUGGGAAGGUUCAAACAACAGGUGCCUUGUUCUAAGUUGUUUAACACAUCUAGAUGUAAGUAUGAGGAAAUGAAAGCUGAAAUUCUGAUCUAUCAUCUCAUUCAUGUUUUGAUCUCGAACCCAAUUGUCUUCAAUAUAUAGCAAAACAAUAUACUUUCGGAAGAGACUGUAUCUGUGAUAGACAUUCUGCUGAAGGCUAUUAAUGUUACUGUGAUAUGUUACCAGUUCAUCGCUUUAUCUGUGAAGUGGUCAUGAAAAAAAAAAAAAAAUGCAGUGUUUGCAACUACAGUGUUAUUGUUCGUUUUGGAUUUGAUUUGUUUAGGCAAACUGCCCAGGACUGGAAAGAAGUUGUUUCCUGUCAGAAUAUAAAUGCCAAGCAUGGAACGUUUAGUUCCAUAAACUGCAAUGCUUUUUGACUCUGUAAAACAAAGGGCAUGCUACUUACCCAUAGGUAACAGAAGGGCUAACACAAUCUCUCGUGUCUUCAGUGUCGCUCAGGUAAUCGCGUACCAUAGAAGAAGACAGUGCCAGUUACACAUUGUGCAUAAAACUGAGUGUGCCUAACAGAAAAACCCUGCUGGACCAAAAUAUUGUGUAUGAAUCACGUUCUAUGUGCUAAGUUGUACGCCAUGUUUGAUCUUUUUUUUUUUUUUUUUUUUUUUUUAAGAAGUUUGUAAUUUUUUUGUAAAUGAGUGUACAUACUUUUGAAUAUAUUAAAGGGCACGGUAAAAAAUUU